AUGCUCCUGAGCUCCAACACAACGAUUCCUUUCCUUACGAGCAGUACCCGUCGAAGGCGUUAUGCCACUGAAGACGACUGGCGGCGCCAUAGGGACAGGAUGUCCUCCCUGUAUCGGAUCAAACGGCUGAAAGAUGUGAUCGCCAUCAUGGAGAACCAAUACCAAUUCUUUGCGACAGAACGAAUGUAUAAGGCUAGAUUCAAGGAAUGGGGCCUGAAAAAGAACGUCACCACAACUGAAGUCCACAAACUGAUGGAGAAGGUAGAAGAGGAGCGGCAGCGCAGGAGAAACCUGCCAGCUUCUGGUGAAAGGGCUGCCAACGAGAGAGUUGUGUUGGACGUAGGUGAAGACCUGGAUGUAAAACGUAUCCAGAAGUAUAUGAAGCCGCCAUUUUGGGAAGCAUCUAUCCAAGACGAGAUGAUGCUGGACUUUGUGCUUAAGAUUCGCGUCGCGCACAUCCUCCUCGACGAUGGGUUGACAAGUGAAGGCAUGCAGGCGGUCAAUACGUGCCUUGACUCGGUGGCUUUCUGCAUCCAGGAAGCCCAGAUUACAAGCCCCAUGGACACAAGACCGGCAACCUCGGUGAUCCUGUGGGCCCUGUCAGCAGCGUUGGACAUAAUAAGCGACUUCGAGAACAUCAAGCAGCUGAUCAUGCAUAUGCUUUUCCAACGGAUAGCAGCAUCUUGCGCGGGAUACCAGCCUACAAUGGCAGAAUUGGCGAGGCAAGUAUCCCACAUUGAAGUCUACGGACAGGUCGUGAUGUUGAGGCAUGCACGAUAUUCAAUUUCUCGUGCGCUGCUUGCUGGCCAUACCGAAUGCCAGCCAGCGUUCGAAACAUAUGCAAGAACAGUGGACAUUUCUGAGAGCUUGCUGUCGCCAGGGGAUAAAGUUCGGGCGCUUUGCACUCUGGCAAAAGACUCGACGGUCCACGGUUCGCCAUUUCUAGACGCGUGGAUGGAGACGCGCAUCGCUCUGUCAGUGUCUGACGCAUCGUCACCUGAUAGGGAGUCUUUCGGGUCCCAUGGCACAAGCAUGUCUCCGUCGCAGCACACCAGGGGAAACAACAAGGUUGCUGCGGUACUGGGGUUGAUCGCAGGGAAUAUUGAGUGGCAUCGGGCUGUAGGCAACUGGAAACUGGUUCAACAACUGGAAAGGCGUUCCGAGUCGAUAGCCCAGACUGCGAGGGGGUACAUCGGGGAGGCGACACGAGAAUCCAAGGAGGAGCUCGAGUUCCCGAAGCCCCCUGAACAGGUGGCGAGAGUCCUGACGCUGAUGGAGCCCAGCAUGUCCCAUAUGACGCUUCCUGAGGUAACAUUCAAGAUGAGCCACCUAAUGGGUGAGAUCCCAGGCUGGGGACAGCAGCAGCAGCAGCAAGUCCAGGUCGCGCCGCAUUAUGAGUCACUCUCAGAUUCUGGAUGGAUCGCAGCGGAAACGAGCCGAUGGCAGGUAGAUGCCAGCUUUGGAAGCGAUUAUGGGAUGUAUAGUAAUGCAUGUUGA